ACCAGCGAGACGGCAGCACCCACGUCGCCGCAGCUCCUGCCCGCAGCGCGUUGGCCGCGUCUCCGGCUCCCACGCAGCGCGAGCUACGCCGCUGGCAGCCCGGGCCCGGUGCACCGAGCGCACGGCGCAGCCGGGCUGAGCUGAGCUUCGAGGGGCUCGGGUGCCGCAGGCUAGGGCAGCAGGGUGUAGGAGAAGAAGCCGAGACGCUGCGGCGGCCGAGCGAGGGUACGAGCUGCGCACCUGGAAAGUUACCCGGCUGGCUGGUUCGUGAGCAACAUGGGAAAUGGUUCAGUGAAACCCAAACAUUCUAAGCAUCCAGAUGGCCACUCAGGAAACCUCAGCACUGAUGCCCUGCGGAGCAAGGUGGCAGAGCUGGAGCGAGAGCUGAGGAGGAAGGAUGUGGAGAUCCAGGAACGCGAGUACCAUUUGAAGGAGCUGCGGGAGCAGCUGGCUAAGCAGACUGUGGCCAUCGCGGAGCUUACAGAGGAACUGCAGAGCAAAUGCAUCCAGCUGAACAAGCUGCAAGACGUAGUUCAUGUGCAGGGAGGAAGCCCUCUGCAGGUCUCUCCAGAAAAAGUACCUCUGGAGAUCCACCGAAAAACCUCAGGAUUGGUCUCUCUCCACAGCAGGAGGGGAGCAAAGGCUGGGGUAUCUGCAGAGCCAACCACCCGUACCUAUGACCUCAACAAACCCCCUGAGUUCUCCUUUGAGAAAGCAAGAGUCAGAAAGGAUUCCAGUGAGAAGAAGCUCAUUACAGAUGCCCUUAAUAAAAACCAGUUUCUAAAGAGACUGGAUCCUCAGCAGAUCAAAGACAUGGUAGAAUGCAUGUAUGGCAGAAACUACCAGCAAGGCAGUUACAUUAUUAAGCAAGGAGAACCAGGAAACCAUAUCUUUGUGUUGGCAGAGGGUCGACUAGAGGUGUCCCAAGGAGAGAAAUUGUUAUCAUCAAUCCCAAUGUGGACCACAUUUGGGGAACUAGCUAUUCUCUACAACUGUACAAGGACUGCCUCUGUGAAAGCUAUUACCAAUGUUAAAACUUGGGCACUGGAUCGAGAAGUUUUUCAGAAUAUUAUGAGGAGGACAGCCCAAGCAAGAGAUGAACAGUACAGAAGCUUCCUCAGAAGUGUGUCUUUGCUGAAGAACUUACCUGAAGAUAAACUAACCAAGAUCAUUGACUGCUUGGAAGUGGAAUACUAUGACAAAGGAGAUUACAUCAUUAGAGAAGGAGAAGAAGGGAGUACCUUUUUCAUUUUGGCAAAAGGAAAGGUGAAAGUUACGCAGAGCACAGAAGGCCACGAUCAGCCACAGCUGAUCAAAACACUGCAGAAAGGAGAGUAUUUUGGAGAAAAAGCUCUGAUCAGUGAUGAUGUCAGGUCAGCUAAUAUUAUUGCUGAAGAAAAUGAUGUUGCAUGCCUGGUUAUAGAUCGAGAAACAUUCAACCAAACUGUUGGGACAUUUGAAGAACUCCAAAAAUACCUGGAAGGAUAUGUGGCCAACCUGAACCGUGAUGAUGAAAAAAGACAUGCAAAGCGUUCCAUGUCUAACUGGAAGCUGUCAAAAGCACUUUCUCUGGAGAUGAUUCAGCUGAAGGAGAAGGUGGCAAGAUUUUCCUCAUCCUCCCCAUUCCAGAACCUUGAGAUUAUCGCAACACUGGGCGUUGGUGGGUUCGGAAGAGUUGAGCUUGUUAAGGUUAAAAAUGAGAAUGUUGCUUUUGCUAUGAAGUGUAUAAGGAAGAAGCACAUAGUUGACACGAAGCAACAGGAGCAUGUCUACUCAGAAAAGAGGAUCUUGGAGGAGCUGUGCUCUCCAUUCGUUGUAAAAUUAUAUCGUACUUUCAAGGACAAUAAAUAUGUAUACAUGCUUCUGGAGGCCUGCUUAGGUGGGGAGCUAUGGAGUAUAUUAAGGGACAGAGGCAGCUUUGAUGAACCCACCUCCAAAUUCUGUGUUGCUUGUGUGACAGAGGCAUUUGACUACCUGCAUCGACUAGGCAUUAUCUACAGAGACCUGAAGCCAGAAAACUUAAUUCUAGAUGCUGAGGGCUACCUAAAGUUGGUUGACUUUGGAUUUGCUAAGAAAAUAGGUUCUGGACAGAAAACUUGGACAUUCUGUGGGACUCCAGAGUAUGUAGCUCCUGAGGUCAUUUUGAACAAAGGACAUGACUUCAGUGUUGACUUUUGGUCCCUGGGAAUUCUAGUAUAUGAGCUGCUAACUGGAAACCCUCCCUUUUCUGGGAUAGACCAAAUGAUGACCUACAAUUUGAUUCUCAAAGGAAUUGAAAAAAUGGAUUUUCCCAGAAAGAUAACAAGGCGGCCUGAGGAUUUGAUCCGGAGACUUUGCAGGCAAAAUCCGACAGAAAGGCUGGGGAAUCUGAAGAAUGGGAUCAAUGACAUUAAGAAACACAGGUGGUUAAAUGGUUUUAAUUGGGAGGGACUGAAAGCACGGAGUCUUCCAUCACCUUUAAGAAGAGAGCUCAGUGGACCCAUAGAUCACAGCUACUUUGACAAGUAUCCUCCUGAAAAAGGAGUGCCUCCAGAUGAGAUGUCAGGCUGGGAUAAAGACUUCUGACAGAAGAAAAGUGGUUAUAUGCUACAGAAGAGGACUAUGAGGAUCAAUAACCCAACACCAAUUAUUUCUCUCUUCAAGUACCAGAAGAUCUUUUGAAAGACCAUUAGGGAAAAAAGAAAGCCCUGGCCAGGCGGUGAAAGAGAGCGGUAUAGAUGCACUUCUGAAUGACAUCUCCUGUAGAUGCUGUGAAUUAUUCAUGUAUUCCAUUCUGUGCUUAUCUUAGAUGUCAAAGGCUGCCCUCUGUCCCUUUCCAUGAUUACAUCCAUUUUUGUUGACAUGGCAUAGUUUUCUCUGAAAUCUAUUGCACCCCCUUGAUUAUGUUUUUCUGCUUUGAAUCCUAAUAAUUAUUAACAAGAUCUUGUUCCUGAGCAACCAAGUCACACAAACAGAAGGAAGAUUUCCCUAGGUCUCAACAAAUGCUGUGAAUGUAGUGUGGCCUCUUCAAAUGGUGGUUUGCAGAAAUCUUUGUAAUCAACAGAAGCUCAUGAAUUUCAUUUUCUUUCAGCCUAGAAGUAUAUUAAAAUUUUUCUGUUGCCAGUUUAGGAGAAAGAAAAUUUGAACAUUAGUGGGUGAUACCACUUCCUAAAGUGAGUCAAUUAAUCAAAUCAGUUAACUAUAUUAUUUUGGAAAACUUAGAAAAAAAUAAAGCAAAGACUUUUUUUCCCCUUGUGAUCAGCUAUACUAUCUCAGAGAUUUUUCAAAAACAUCAUUAAAAUUAGUUCAUAAUGUGAGGCUAAAUGGGGGGGGGCUUUGGAAAGAUUUUACCUUAUAUAUGAAAAUAUUUCCAUUGCCAAAGUAAAAAUUGUGGUGAAAUAAAAUACUGCAGCCUUUUCCUUCCCAUUAAAGAUAGCACAAUAAACUCUACUAGAUAAGACUGCUGAGUCUUUGAAAUUCCAAGAUAUUUUUGUCAAUCCUUUUAUUACUGCUAAUAAUAAACCCCAAAGUAUAGAAUGACCAUCAUUAAUUUUUAAUGGAAAGCCCAUUGGCAAAUGUUGAUGCAUUGUAAUCACUGUGGAGUUAAUAGCUCUGUUUAAAGACAUUUGAGUCAUACAUAUAUUUACAAUUUUAACACGAGCUAUUUGAUACGUGAUAGGAUUUUUGAAGUAAAGAGAACGCCCAGCAUCUGGUCUCUUCCUGUCUCUUCUUGGCAGUCUUCCAAGGAAUGAAUAGGAUGGUUUUAAAAGCUUCAAACACCUGUCCCUAAGAAUUUUACUAGUGAUUAUUUGUAUGUGCUGACCAUGAUCUCUCUCCUACCCUCCUUCCGAAAUGAAUGGCACCCAAUCUUUCUGUAUCUUUAAAAUCUGGUAGAGUAAAAAUGGCACCCGAAUUCUUGCAUUAUUCCAGCUUCUGAUUGUAUUUUUAUAUGAUAAUAAUAUUCUAUGUGAAGGGAAAGUUCUAUCCACUCCAUACAUAUAUUUUCAUCCUUUGAAGAAAGUCACCUGUAUGAGUCUUGAAGAUGUAAGCCAGAUAAACAAGGCCCAGAGCAAGAAAGUGCAUCCUUAACAAUUUAUAUUACCACAUUUAGAGUCCUUUUGCUGAACCAAAGAGUUUCUGUUUCUUGAAGUAGUAUUUUUAAACAUUAUGUAUUGUACAUAA